GAGCCACACUCAAACCGCUGAGUUCCUCAUCAAGGUCGUGCAAAGCACUUGUCCAGACCUCGAAUCACUCGACAUAUCAUUGGGGCACGCAGCUUGGUCCAUCUCAGAACGCACAGCAAGUAGCACGGUGCAGUACGAGAACAUUGAAACUCCUAAAUCCCCAGCGCUCGCAAAACUUCGACAUCUUGGCCUCACAUAUAAGGACGCCUACGACGAUGAGCAAGGUGAGCUUGAGGCUUUACUUCGUAAUUCUCAAUCUUGUUGCUCAGUAUAGUGCGACCCUGGAAUAAGUUUUCCUCCCCAUGAAGGAUGGUACAAUGAUUCGAGAGACAGCAACAUUCGUUCUUGAAGUCUGCGCAGCGCUGCCAUACUUGACAGAACUGAGUUUGGUGGAAACGAAUUGUACUAGCGAAGGAGAACAGGGGAUAACCGGGCUCGAGUUUCUAAUGGAACUUACAUCUCCACUUGCUAGUCCCACUCGUGAGAUCGAGAGACUCUCCAUCACAAAUAUCAAGGAACACUAUUCUCCCGAUAUUGGGAAAUUGUUUGCUUCGUGGAAGAGCCUCAAUUUCUUGAGGCUUGGAGAUGCGGAUAUGUCGACAGGUCCUUAUGCUAAUCAUGGGAAACUCGAUUUUCCUUCUUACCAGCCUGAAAUAUUAGGCUUCAUCACAGUGCUACCACAAUCGCUACAAGAGCUUUACCUCGAGAUUAACGGUCCUGGUCUAUUCGUUGACGAGGACGAUGAAUUCGAUCCGAUUUUCGAAUUAUCCUUCGCUAUUUUCUACAGCCUGGAGAAGUUACACACUUGCGAUAUCCAUGCCUGGAUAUCUAAUAUCGACGGAGGUCUUGGAUCUAUUCCGGAGAAAGUGGUGUUCUACCGCCGUCUUCCUCCUUCGACUUAUCUUGUUGGAAUUCCAUCCAAGGAAAUAUGGACCUCACGGAUGGAUCGCAUCUACCAAGGAAGUGACCCGAAAGUGGCCAAGAGUAUGCAAAUAAUGGAGGGCCACUUUGAGGGAGAGGAUGCUGAGGAGGUUUGGUUGGGCGGGUAUACAAAUAAGGGGACGGGGGACGGGGGACGGAGGACGAACAGGAGGAGGAAGAUUAUUCAUGCCCUAGGUGGGUCAACAGAGUAAACGAUUAUGCUAUGUUCCGGGACACUGCCUAGCAAUGCAUUUCCGAGCUAUUCGCCCUUUGACCCCAUGCACAAAACGGUCAUUACCUUGCAAUUCCGUUCUCGGGGUCAUAUCCAUCUACUG